UCGCCCAGCGAGAAACAUGAAGAGCCAUUCCAUUCUGAUCUUUGCCGUAGCCCUGGCUCUGGCCGCCGUUUCAGCCAUGCCCCAGCGGCGUCUGAAGAGUCAGCGCCAGGUGGAGUACUCCUCAACGCCCUACCCACCGGCAGGCUUUCGUCCCAGAAUCGCAUUUGCCCUGCCCGGCGAGAAGCCCAAGCUGGAGGCGGAACCCCUAACCACACCCAGUGCCGUGGAAGCUCUGGAGAAUGCUGAGACCACCACCGAAGUGGAGCAGCAGGAAGCGGAAACGGAGAGUGAAGCGGAACUGGAGGUCUUCCUCCGUAAGCCUGCCAACACCUAUGAAGCUCCCGACGACCAGCAGGACACCGUGGAGGUGGUGGCCCAGGCUCCGGCCCGGGACUUUCAGCCACCCAAUAUUGAGGCUGUCGAGGACUUCGACGCCGAUGGCGCUGUUGCUGGUAAUGGGCAGCAGCCUGUUGCUGAUGUCCCUGCCCUGGGCCAGGCGCAGCAAAAUGAGCCGGAGUCAAUACCCACAGACGUUGAAGUCAGAGCGGUCACACCAGCAGGCACCUAUGGCCCACCGGCUAGUGCCAAGCCCGCCUCCACCUAUGGAGCCCCUGAGCUGAGCGAGCCCGAGAACGAGUUGGAUCCGGAAGAGUCCCAGGUGGAGUUGGUGGGCGAGCAGGAGGAGGAAGAUGCGCUGGUAAACGAGUUGGCCAGCGGUCGCCUAAUCCUGCUGCCCCUGGGAUCCCGAGGCGCACAGUUCGGUCGCCUUAUCCUGGCUGUUGAGCAGCCCCGUCAACGCACUCGCAGCGAGCGCCUGAGGAGGAUCUAG